CGGCAUGUGGCACCGAGUCAGGUGGUCUACGACGAAGGCCCAGCUGGCUGACAGUUUGUGCGAAGUCCCGGCGUGACGCUCUCCUCCUUCCCGCUGCUCCUUUCCGCACCCCGCCCCUCCUCUCCCUCCCGCUGCAACACCCCGCCCUCACCGCCCCGCCGCCCCCCAUCGUCCUCGUCAGUGUUGUCGCCCCGCAGCGGAGUGUGAGAGCGGCGGUGGGAGCCUAGAGGGUUAUCGCCACUGUCCACGUGUUUCUGGCACCACGGCACUGUGCCACUCACGGAACAGACCUGCAGACCUUGUGUGUGUGUGUCCCUCCCGCACCUCCUGCAGCUAAAGACGUGUCCUUUCCCCUUGUCACCGCGGCACCAGCACUCUCCUCACUGACCAGGGCGCUUCCCUUUCACCAGCAGAAGGACGAGGACGUGUUUCUCGGUGACUCAGCAGGUCUUGCUUGUGUCGUCAAGAUCGUCAACUGACUCAUUCUUGCACUCGUUGGUGAGGCGCACGGACCUUCCCUCCCUAGAACACGCUGCCAUCGGGGUGUUUACGUGGCCACCUGUGGGUCCCGUGCCCCGCGCCGCCCCGCCGUACACACAGAGACAGGCAGGCCAUUAAAGCCGCGUGGCAAGGCUGCUGCUGCCUCUUACUGACAGUAGUUGUCUUUUUGCUUUGACCACCGAGAAAAGUCGGUAAAGAAUCCAGGAAUUCUUCGAAACUUUAGUCAACAAAUCCGUGAGUUGCGGCAGAAAGUGGUACAGCGUGUGACCUUUGAAAAGUUUUAAGCGCUUUAGUGGCAGAGUGUCUGAAGGUGAGCGUCGCGUGGUUCCCGUAUACACAGGCAGACGAGUUGCCUGACGGAGGAGCGACGGAACACAGCUUGCAGUAUUACGUAGCCUGCACAACACUGACUUACAUCAUCCACCCGCAAAGGCGUCGAUUCCGGGGCGUGGGUGUGGGUCUUGGCGGUGCCUGUCGCGUGAGGCAGCGAGGUGACCGCAGCCCCAUCACCACUGCGGCGGCGAGGGGCCAUCCUCCCCCCUACCCUCAGUUCCCAACCUCAUGCCGGGUUAGCCACCGCCCAGCGUCUUAAUUAAUACCUGAGGCAACGACUUCCCAAUCCCAAGAUGGUGUAGCCCGUCACCACCACCCUCACCACUACCACCACCACCACUACCCAAUAAGGAGCACCUUCCUCAGGGCCGCUUCCCUCGCCAUGGCCUCUCAGGGGGCGCACCCGGCGUGCCUCUUCCUGGCCCUGACGCUGCUCAUGACAGGGGCGGCCACGGCCAUUCUGUGCACCGCCAUCCUCACGAACUACUGGGAGCUGAUCACCUUUGACAGGGAGGCGGUUGAGGCCAUCACCGCGCGCCACAACAACACCCACACCCUCACCUGGCUGUGGGAGGGCAAGGUGGGCAAGGUGGUUAUUCAGCUGGACAAACCCCUGAAGGUGCGCCGUCAGGUGGGAGUGGCGCCCCUGGGGGAGGCGAGGGGCGUGAAUGCCAACAAUAACCUCAGGUUUCGGCGGCAGACCUCCAGGGUGAUCUACUUGGUGCCUCAUCAUGGCGGCAUCUGGACCCUAUGUGUGGGCCUCUCAGACCUCGAGCAGGAGAAGCUUCGAGGCAAGUUUCGUUUGAGCGGCUGCAUCAACUACCUAUCCCCUCACUCAAUGGGGAGCAGCGAUAAGAAUGACUGGGUGCAGAGUAAGUCACGGUCUGUCUCUAUCACUUCUUCUUGCUCUACAAACAGCACAAGGAAGGAUGGUUGGGUCCAGAGGAUGCAGAACCUGAGCAUCUCGUGUGCCCUGGUGUGUUGCAUCCUGCUGGGGGCAUCAGCCGUGGUGGGCAUCUUCGGCAUAAUACAGAGGCAGAUCUCGGCAGUCCUCAUCACUGGCGUCAUGUACAUCCUUGCCUCCACUUUCGGUCUCUUCUGCCUCACAAUAAUGCACUUCAAGAGGAGGACGAAGAAGGACUGUGGCGUACUGGAUUCACAGGUCACGCCAGAGUACAGCUCUGCGCGGGUGUUCGAGACAGGGUGGUCGCUGGACCUGGGUUGGGGCGGAGUGGUGACCUGCCUGGCGGCGGCGCUGUUAUGGCUCCUCCUGGCUCGCAUCAUGCGCUACAACCCCAUCUCACUCUCCUGAUGCCGCCUCAGCCCCCGGCCCUGGCCACGUCCCUGCCGCCGCGCCCUCCUCGCCUGCCUCCGCGCCUGCCACUGCGUCCCUCUGGCACCGGACUGAAAUGGAAUACACCCAAGGACAUCUUUUAGCCGCUGCUGUGUAAUCAAUGUCCAGUGUUUUUGUGGUGAGCGUAAGUGUACCCUCGUUGGGAGCCGCCGAGUCCCGGACUGGGGAAUGGCGUGGGUCAGGUUUAUGUUGCAGGUAUAUCUCGAGUCAGGAUGGCGUAGUGAGUCACUCCUGGGAUUAUUGAGGCUGCUGGGACCCUUUGUCUCGCGUGGCUGUUGUGUUGAGGGGCUGCGGCGUGAGGGUCUCCUUGAGUGUGGCGCGGCAGCUUGUAUACUUGUAGCGGCGGGCUGGGGCUGGGGGUUGGGGUGAGUGUGAUCUUGUAUUGACGGACUUUCGAGUGUCACGUCACUUGUAUUACUUAUACUUAACAAAACCCUGAAAAGUGUACGCAACCAGAGGUCCUCAGAUUAAGUUGCUCAAUGAAAAGACAAAACCAUCAAUGACUUCUACUAAAAGACGGAGGAUCGCAAAUCAGAUCUUGUAUUAAUUUAUUCUCACAAAACAUAAAGGUACAUUCCGUCACACCACCGCUUCCGUCUGGUGGCGCUGGUGUUGUUGUGACGCUCAAAGAAUUGACCAUAUUAUGAAACACUUCUGCAAACAUCUCCGCUAUUUCGAAAGGCUCUAUAGUUGAAGUGACACAAGUUUUUAAGGGUGAUUUUUUUUUACGAUUCUAGCGAUAGAUUACUAAGAUUUUUACACAAUUACCAUGAAAACACUCUUGAGAACCCAGCCAAUCAUCUCUAAGGCCUUUGAAAACAGUCAUGGUGAGAGAGAAAGGCGUUUCUGAAUAGUGGCCGAUCUGCGACAGGUAAAGGGGAGUCUGAUAGGAGUUUGUUGUGCUCCAGCUUGGCACGCGGCUUACUGAACAAUUCUCUCUCUCUCUCUCUCUCUCUCUCUCUCUCUCUCUCUCUCUCUCUCUCUCUCUCUCUCUCUCUCUCUCUCUCUCUUACACCCGCACACCUGAUCAGUGGCGCCUUGCGAUGCUCACUUUUUUUUAUAUGUUACAGGGACAGACACGGCCGCUGAGCUCAAAAUAUUGGCUUCUCAUCCUUCCUUAUCGUGUACGUUACAUUAACUUCACCGUGUCCAUGAACGUUUUAUACUACUUUGUUCUAGAGAUGUCAAGAUGUCCUUUCGUGGUGUCGAGGAGAGGAGGCAGCAGUCCUGUGUAGUAACAGAUAAGGUAUUUGUCGUUCACUUGUUACGUCGUUUCCCGCCACUAUACAGAGGCUCAGGACAAUAAUAGUAAUAAUUAUCGGUGUUCUCUGCUCGUUCUCGGGGCGUAAGGAGGCGGUAACCUCAGCGGCGACACUCAGCAAUUGAGUCCUCGAAAUAAUAACACCUCACUCUCCAUUACGCACGUUUCUCAUCGUCACCCUCGUAAGCAAACUGCCCGACUCAUUAUUUUCCUACUUUUCAGAAGUUUAGACAAAAAAACUAAUCUUUUCUCGUUUUCCUAGACAAAAAUAUAGAAAAGGUAAGAUGAAUUUUCAACGCCUCAUCUUUGACAGAACAAAGAUAACUAACUACAUGUAAACCAAGUGACCCAGGAUUAAAUUAAGUAAAAGAAAAUCCAUAAAUCACCGGAAAGUGACGUAGGCGGUUUGUUUAUGGCAAUAUUAUUAUCAAUUCAACAAUUCGCCGACAAUCACUGAACACCGCCUCCAUUCCAGAACCCGUAGAUCAGGUUGCCCUCCGCACGCCACACGGGUUGAGGGGAGUGAGGAAGCUCCAUUGCACUCCAGUUCUUUACAUCCACUUCACUUGAUUGCAUUUUCUAUGACGAAAGGAAGAAAAAGACGCAGGACACUUCUGUUAAAGUCUGGCGGUCUCAGUAAGGGAAAUGGAGUCGUGUUGCUGCUCAUGACAAAGGAAAAGAGGCGCCGGGUACGCUUCUCCGUCAGUGUUCUUUAUCCAUGCCUUUUAUUUUAAAAGUUUUGACUCUCAGUAAGGGAGGUGAAGUCAUGUUGCUGCUUUUUAUGGACGGAGAGAAGAUGGAGAAAGAUGCGCAGAACGUAAUUUUCCAUGCUUUUUUUUUUUUCAUGAGGGGUACAGGGCUACAAACAAAAACAUUAAAAAAAAUCCACUUAAGGUACUGGUCUCUACAAGAAUGGAACUAAAGGGAUCAUAUAAGAUUUCAUAAGUAUUUUGUUGUCCACGCCACGUUCGAGAGCCAUGACACGUGACAAGAGAGUGGGAGUCGCGUCAGAAGUCCCAAGGGAAAUUGAGGCACAGUGCAUAAACCACAAGAUUCUCGGAACAACUUCCUAGUCUUAACUCUUGUACUUCCGACAGACUUCAGUGGCAGUUGUUAGGUUUCCAAGUCUGUUUUUUUUAUGAUUAUUGCGAUAGUUUAACAAAGAUUCUGCACAGUGAGGAAAAAAUUAACCAUAAAAUGUAGCUAAUCAUCUCUGCUGUCCCUAAACACUCUUAAGCGUGUCAAAAUACAGGCUAAGGUAACAAUAGCCAGCACUCAAGUGGGGCUUUUUUUAAUCUUUUCUUUUUUUUUUUUUUUGCCCUUGGCUGGCCCUCUCCCCUACUUAAAAAAAUAAAUAGAUAAAUAAAAUAAGCGUCAGUACAGACAGCUCACGGAAAACACUUUAGACUACAUUCAAAAUUUCAUUUUUUUUUCAUUCUUUUUUAGAGGUCAAAAUUUUGUACGUGCGCUUUCGAACAUGAAAUUCUGGAGGGAUUUUUUUUUUCUUCUUUUUUUUUCGGGACUCCAUUUGUUAGUCAAUGAGUGAAGGACGUGCCUGGGUUUCGAUAUCUGAGAGCCGGUGUACUGCCUCGUGUGUGCGUGAAGGAGACAGAACUCUUCGAAAUGACGGAAGGCGAGACAGUGCUGAAGAUUCUCGAGUGGAACAUUAUCACUAUUAUUAUUAUUAUUAUUAUUAUUAUUAUUAUUAUUAUUAUUAUUAUUUAUUACUAUUACUAUACAAACGUAGUAAUAAUAUUAGUACUAGUAGUAAAAGUUGUAGCAGUAGUAGUAGUAGUAGUAGUAGUAGUAGUAGUAGUAGCAGCAGCAGCAGUUAUGUUAAGGAAAGUGAAACAUUAUGAGGAAAAAUAAUCGAAAUCACCUUUUAGAAAACUCUCCUUUAAAGCCACUGAAAAAGAAAUAAAAAAAAAAUACAACAGAAUCAUCCUUCGUGUGUUUUCAUGUCCCCGUCAGCAGUACAUGCACGUCGGGGCUCUGCUGGGAUAGAGCAAGAGGGUGGAGGAGGGGCUGCUAACUGUAAAUAUCCGCCGUGUGCUUCGCCAUUAUGUCAUUCCCUCCGUGUUUCCUCCUCUUGAUUGGGUCCGCAUUCUGAAAACACUCAUCCACACCGCACAUCACUAUUUCAAAGAGCUCUAUAUAGUUGAAGUUACACGGGUUUUCAAGGAUGUCUUCACAGUUUUAGUAAGAGAUAUUUCUACAUUAUUAAGUCACUAAAGUGGAGAAACACCCUUGGGAACCCGGGUAAUCAACUCUGUGGCCUUUGAAAAUUGUCGCGGUGAGAGAGCAAAGCGUUCUUGUGUGUGGGUCUGAAAGUCUUACCAGCGUUAAGUGCGUGCACCAUCCUCUCGUAACACUGUCAGCUCCAUGUAUAGCGUAUUAGCGUUAUAUGUUCGUAUAGGUGUUUAUUCAUGGAGGAGUUUGCUGUGUAUGUGAGGGACGGAGGAUGCUUGACUUGGGAAAUUUGUGCCACUUCGGAGUGUAAUGAAAGAAGGAAAAGAAAGAUAAUGCUUGAAAGGUUACCGGAAAUAUUGUCAGAGGAUUGUUUUUGAUGAAUGUGUGUGUGUGUGUGUGUGUGUGUGUGUGUUGGAUUGGUUUGAUAUAUCGAGACUCAUUCACGACUCAUGACUGAUGCUUCGGAGUUUGCUCACGACUCAUGGCAGGCUUCACACACACACACACACACACGCACACACGGGACUAUACUAUCCAGACACACAUUAACCAACACGAGCGCCACAUUAGAACAGAUUAAAUCCAUUAGAGGGAAGCGGAAGAAUCAUUUGCCUUAAAGAGAGUUGUAUCCAACCCGUGAUAGUCAACAAAGCACCACCAAACUGCAAAACUACAAAACGAGACUGCCACACUUGGGAAAUUUCCUUUUUGGCAUCUACUUGUAUAUUCGAAUUUAUCUUUUUUUUUUUCUUUUGGUAUCAUCUUUUUUAUUGCAGUGAAGCACAGAAGUUGUGUAAUGGAUAUCAAUUCAGAAUUUUUUUGUAGAUUCAUAUUUUACCUUGUGAUUUAAUUUUUAUUUCAAUUUAUAUAUUUUUUUUCUACCUUAAAAUCAUUACAACAUAUUCCUGCCGUCCUGGUGUCAUUUCCAAGAGAGAUUGAAGUAAAACCAAAUCUCAGUUAUAUCUAUCCCUAAUUGAAACAUUGAAACCCACAUAUCCACACUGAAGGUUAUCACUACACGCACAUGACACUCUCUUGCCGCCUUGAUGUCGUCUCGAAGAGCUCCAAGCAAAACGUGAACAAAAUCAAACUUAAACGGAACGAUUUAUUCCUUAAUUAAGUGAACGCUCUCUGUCUGGGCGAGAAGCGUUGAGUCUGUGCUAAGCUGCUUUUUAGGCUCUGUGUAGGCUUCGUGUAUAGGGCUGAAGGCGUGGAGACCUAAGCUUCAGACAUUGUUAUAUUACAGAGCUAAAGACAAAAGCAAUAUCACAUUCAGUGUUAUAUAUUUAUACUGUCUUUGUUUAAAAGCAAAAUAUAUACAUAUAUAUAUAUAUAUCGAGUGUUUUCUUGAGAGAUGAUACUGUCUACGAAGAAAACUCUGUCAGGGCUUGUCACUUCCGUGUCUAGCUACAAAUAAAUAAUCUAGAAUGUUA